AUGGAUAUUGUUGGUAAGUAUCUAGAUUCAGUAGAUAAGUGGGAGUUGUUCUACGAAAUAUAUGCAAAGUGGAUGGGGUUUGGAAAAAGGUCAGAUGACGUGAAGAGAAGAAAUGGGGUAGUACCAAUGAGAAUGUGGGUUUGUACAAGAGAAGGAUAUAGAUGGAGCGAAUAUGUGAAUAUGCCCAAUCACAAAAAACGAUCAAGACCAAUCACAAGAUCUGGAUGUCAGGCAGCUCUUAGAGUGGUUCAUAUGAAAGAUAACGACUUAUGGUUGGCAAAAGAAUUUAGCCACGAACAUAAUCAUGAAAUGGUAUCGGUCCCUGAAUUGCAAUUCCUCAAGAAUAAUUGUGUGGUGUCCGACGGUUUUCUUGCGCAAGUUAUGAGAGAAUGCCAUGUCAAGUCAGAGAUGCGUACAAUAGAGUCGCAGGAGCAAUUAGGGAAGAAAAACUGGAAACUUGAUGCGGAAGGUGCAUUAGGAUUCUUGGACUGUCUUUCUGCGCGAGAUCCAAUUUUUUUUGUGUACCACCAAGCUGACACAGAAAAUAGACCCGCGAACGUAUUCUGGGCCGAUGGGACUGCAAGAAUUGACUACCGGGCAUUCGGGCAUGUGAUAGCAUUUGACACAACGUACAUGACCAACACGUACAACAAGCCAUUGUGCAUUUUGAUGGGUGUCAACCACCAUUUCUCCACUUGUGUUUUUGGGUUUGCGUUGCACGUGUUUGAGAACAAAUGGAAUGAGUUGAUGGAGACAUAUCAGAUGGAAGACAACGAAUGGUGCCAACUCCAAUACAGAAGAAAGAGAAUGUGGGCAGAAACCUACCUCCAUGGGCAGUUUGUUACUAGAAUGAGAACAACACAGCAUUGCGAGUUAAUGAAUUUCCGCCUUAAAAAAUUCCUUUUGAAGAGAUACACCCUACAUGAGUUCGUUACGGGCAUUGACAUCGUGGUGACAAAAAUAUGGCACAUCGAAAGAGAAAAUGACUUUACAAUGAGGCACACACUCCCCAAUCUCCCAUCCUCAGAUGCUUUAAGUAUUUAUUAUGAUCAGUGUGCAAAAUUCUACACCCGAGAAAUGUACUACAAAGUGGAGUUGGAAAUCAAAAGAGAAAAUGCGUAUUUCAUUAGCAGCUAUGAAGAUCAUGCAAAUCACACUAUCUUCAAUGUUGGAAAUUUUUGA